AUGAAUAAAAUUUAUAGUUAGUACAAUUUAGAACGAUUACGACUCUCAUAAUCUUAAUCUGAUUCCAUCAAACUAGAGAGAACUGAUUUAAAAAGAGGAGUUGGGAAAAACGCAAUAAGAAAAGUUUUUGGAAUUGAUGAAUCAGGCAAACAUGAGUAUGACAUUUACGAGAAACAAUAACUAGAUGCAUUCAAAAAAUACUUAGAGGAUGAAAACGAAAUGUAGUCAGAUGAGCUUUCUCUGAGAUUCUUAUAUGCUAAUCAAUUCGAUUUUGAUCAGACCAUCAAACAUCUACACUCACAUCAGUAAUGGGUUAAAAAUGCAAAUAAUUUUAAGUGGACAUUGAACACAGAAGAAAUAAUAAAAUAAGGAGCUAUUUACAUAAGUGGUAGAGGAUAAGGUUACAAACCAAUUAUUGUUGUAAACGCUGAUAAAUUGGAUAUUUCAAUCUAUCCUAUUGAAGAUAUGAUGAGAGCCAUCUCUAUUGUGUUUAUGGUUGUAAAGGAUUAUAUGCUAGUUUCAGGCAAGGUUGAAAGUUGGUUUGUAAUUGUUGAAGCCAAGAACACUACAGCUUAUAAGAUCCCCUUUAAUCAUUUGAAUUAGAUUUUCGAAACAUUGAAACAAAAUUUUCCAUGUUAUUUAGAACGAAUAUUCAUUUUAUAACCUUAGACAUCGAUUUAAAUCACUUGGCAAAUCGUAGAAUAGUGGAAUUCAUACAUAAUGAUUAUUCUCUAUUAUUCAAUUACAUCAAACAAAAAUAAUUAGAGUUUCGACACGGUGGCAGGGCUCCAAAUGUAUAUGACUAUUGGCCUCCUCAUAUUGAUGAAUUUAAUGAAGUCGAAUAUAUGUAGAAGUAGAAAAUGGAAACACAAAAGAUUAAAGAUGAUGCCUUUUACUUCUGUUAUUGAUUCUGAGGUUUCCAAUUUAUUAAGAAAGCAGUUCAAACCGAAAACCAAGAUUUAUUAAGAGGAAACCCAUUUAAAUACAGCAGAAUACUUUGCAAAUAAAACAGUAUCGAAAACAGUCUUAUUAAAUGGGCCUAAAACUGAUCGUAUGAACUAUAAUGAGAGUUAAACAUCAUUGAACUAUUAAUUGCAAUAAAAAGAACUGAAUUUAUCUCUAGAGUAGAAUCAAAGAUUUAUGAAUCAUAACAAUUAAUUAAGUACUAACUUUAAUGCUCAGUCCUAAUAAUAGCCAAAUGGUAUUCCUUUCUAAACUCGAUUUGUGAGUUCUAAAACAAAAAUUAAUGAGUCUAUGGGUUCGCUAUUGAAUGCAGCUAAUCAUAAUCCCUUAUUUUAAUCGAGAUUUGUUGGAGUAAAGACUUAAAAUAUAGCAUCUAACAAAGAUGUUAGUCUCAUACUGAACAAGGAAGAAUAUGUAUCAAACCACCACUCUCAAUUAAUGUGA